AGAGAAGAAUGGUCUAGACACCUAAUUUUGAGGAUGUUUUUGAUGGGAGAGGUCAGGUGGCGUCUGCUGGCCUUGCUGGUUUUGCUUGCCUUUGUUUCCUGCCACCCCAGUAAGGCUGAGAGUCAAGUUUCAGCUCCAAGGAGGCUGCGUUUCAAAGUGCACAGUUCCAGCAGACUUCUUGUUUCAUGGAGGGAGCCCAAAGGAGAUGUUGACAGCUAUUUAUUUCUCUACAACAGCUUACCAGGUGGGCAGCAGAAGGAGAUGUUUGUGUCUAAAUCUGACACGAGAGUUAUAAUACCGGACUACAACCCUUCCAAGGACUACAUUAUUAGUGUCAUUGCUGUGAGAGGGAGUGAGCAGAGUAGACCACUUCAGGGCAGAUUUAAAGCUAAAAAAGCUGCCAGAGGUGAAAGUGAUGGAAGAGAUGAAAUUGAACCCCAAAAGCUUACAGAUUCAGUUAGACCUCCUGACGGCGCUAAUGAGAUAUCUGGAGCCGACCAGUUUGUGUGCCACACUGAGGCCAUUGCAGAUAUUGUGAUCUUGGUGGACGGCUCGUGGAGCAUAGGCCGGAUCAACUUCAGGCUGGUCCGUAUGUUUUUGGAAAACCUGAUCAAUGCAUUCGAUAUUGGCAUUGAUAAGACCAGGAUAGGUCUGGCACAGUACAGUGGUGAUCCCAGGAUAGAAUGGCAUCUAAAUACUUACUCUACAAAAGACACUGUCAUCGAUGCAGUUAAAAACUUGCCAUAUAAAGGAGGAAACACUCUCACAGGGCUUGCAUUGAAUUUUAUUAUGGACAACUGUUUCAAGCCUGAGUCUGGCUCAAGGGCAGGUGUGCCAAAGAUUGGGAUUCUCAUCACAGAUGGAAAAUCCCAGGACGACGUUGUACCCCCAGCAGAGAGCUUGCGAAAAGCUGGUGUUGAGCUGUUUGCUAUUGGCGUAAAGAAUGCUGAUGAGAAUGAGCUGCGGUCUAUCGCCUCUGAGCCACAUCACAGUCACGUCUACAAUGUGGCUGACUUCAACAUUAUGAGCUCUAUAGUCGAGGGAUUGACAAAGAAAGUGUGUGAACAAGUGGAGCUGCAAGACAAAGACAUCAAGCAGAAAUUUACGCCACAAAAUAUGGGAAUGCCACACAGCCUGGAAACCUCAGAGACCACAGCUCAGAGCUUUCGCGUGUCAUGGAGUCCUGCGCCUGGAAAUGUAGAGACGUACAGAGUGGUUUAUCGCCCUGCUCAGGGAGGAGAGUCACAGGAGGUUGUCAUGCCUGGCAGUGAGACCUCUGUGGUGUUAGAGCAUCUCAGCUCUCUAACCGAGUACCAGCUCGCUGUGUUUGCCGUGUAUGAGGAUGAAACAAGUGAAGCUCUAAGAGGAUCAGAAACCACCUUGCCUCUCCCAUCAGUGAGCCGCCUCCAGCUGUUAGAUAUUACUCACAGCAGCAUGAGAGCCAGAUGGAGCCGUGUGGAUGGAGUCUCUGGCUACACAGUGCUCUAUUCCCCUCUAACAGUUGAUGGAGACUUGAACAACAAUGGGUGUUGUCCCCAGGUUAAUGUAGCAAAUGGAGUAACUGAGGUGGAGCUGAGUGACUUGGCGCCCAACACAGAAUAUGCUGUCACUGUUUAUGCUAUGUAUGGAGAGGAGGCCAGUGAGCCAAUAACAAGUCAGGAAGCAACAUUGCCUCUCAGUCCUCCCAGGAAUCUCCAGUUUUCAGACAUCACUCAUAACUCUGCCCACAUCAGCUGGGACCCUCCGCCUGGCGGAGUUAAAGGUUACCGCAUCAUGUGUGUCAGGACUGAUGGAGUGAUCACAAAAGAGGUGAUGGUGGGCCCAGUUAAUUCUUUUGACCUCAGGAAGCUGACUUCUCUGAUGGAGUACUCGGUGGCCAUCUUUGCUCUGUACAACGAGGGCCAAUCAGAGCCGCUCACUGAUGGCUUCACAACCACUCCAAUUCCUGGUCCUCUUAAUCUGCGUUCCAGCGACAUCGACACAGACAGCUUCACGGUUAGCUGGGAUCACUCAGCCAUGGCCAUCUCUCUCUACAGACUCUCUUGGGGACAACUUUCAGGUGGUGAUACAAGAGAGGUGAUUUUGAGAGGAGAUGAAAACACAUACACCCUCAGCGACCUCAGCCCUUCCACCGAAUAUGAAGUCCUGUUAACGGCCAUCUUUGAUGACGAAUCUGAAAGUGACACAGUCUCUGUUAUAGAAACCACAUUGGCUGCAACUACAACGAUUCAACCCACAACCACAGUGACACGUAAGGCUGUGAAAAACCUUUACCUGAGUGAUGAGACCACCCAAAGCUUAGACGCAUCCUGGGAGCUGGAGGACCCUAAUGUGGAGAGCUACAGGAUUUCCUACUCUGACCUCAGCGGGGACCAAGGGGAGGAAUCUAUCUCAGUUGGGGGUGGUCAGAAAAACGCAGUGCUCCAGCAUUUACUACCAGACACACAGUACAAAGUGACGGUGACGCCAGUGUACAGUGAUGGACAAGAUGGCAUCAGCGCUUCCGCCUUGGGUUCUACAUUGCCUCUCUUGCCUCCUGAAAAUCUACGCGUGUCAGAAGAGUCGUAUAACCGCUUCCUGGUCUCCUGGGAUCCGCCUCAGUCUCCAACAGAAGGUUACAGGAUUGUCUAUCGACCCGUCUAUGAUCAAGGUCCACUUUCGGAGACAACUGUAGGUGAAGAUGUGACCUCCGUUGUCCUUCUCAAUCUUUUGAGUGGGACAGAGUACACUGUCCAAGUGACGGCCUUCUACUCAGCAGGACCAAGUGAACCGGAACUCGUUAAUGCAAAGACAUUGUUCCUUGGUGUUUCUGGCCUGUCGACCUAUCAGGUGCAUCCUAAGAGCAUGUGUGUUCAGUGGCAGCCUCUUCUACACGCCACCUCAUAUCGGCUCUCCAUACAGUCCACCCUCAAUGGUCAGAGACAAGAACUAACCCUGGGAGGUUCAGCUUCACACCACUGUUUCUAUGAGCUCACACCCAGCAGCCAGUACCAGAUCAGUAUAAACACUCAAAUGCAAGAAAUGGAAGGACCAUCUGUAUCUAUUACUGACAUGACAUUACCAGAGCCCACUCAGGCUCCGACUGAACCACCCACCACGGAGCCCACUCCCACCAUCCCACCUGCUAAAGAAGUAUGUAAGGAAGCCAAGGCUGACCUGGCAUUUUUGGUUGAUGGCUCUUGGUCUAUCGGGGAUGACAACUUCAUGAAGAUCACACGCUUUCUCUACAGCACAAUGGGCUCAUUAGAUCUGAUUGGACCAGAUGGCACCCAGGUGGCCGUUGCUCAGUUCAGUGAUGAUGCACGGACAGAAUUUCUGCUGAGUUCUCACAGCAACAAAGAAGCCCUGCUGGAAGCCAUCCAGAAGAUCAGAUACAAGGGGGGGAACACCAAGACAGGUCGAGCCAUUAAACAUGUGAAGGAAUCCAUCUUCACCUCAGAUGCAGGAGCGAGGAGGGGUGUUCCCAAGGUUCUGGUAGUUCUGACUGAUGGUCGUUCACAAGAUGAUGUCAACAAAGUGUCAAAGGAGAUGCAAAUGGAGGGCUACAUAAUCUUUGCAAUUGGAUUUGCGGAUGCAGACUAUGGAGAGCUGGUGAAUAUUGCCAGUAAACCUAGUGACAGGCACGUCUUUUUCGUGGAUGAUUUGGACGCUGUGAAGAAAAUAGAAGAGCAGCUUAUCACCUUUGUCUGUGAGGCCGCCACUGCCACUUGUCCAUCUGUUCUGAUGAGUGGCAAUACACUGGCGGGUUUUAAAAUGAUGGAGAAGUUUGGCCUGGUAGAGAAGGAGUACAGCACCAUACCUGGAGUUUCUAUGGAGCCUGGUUCAUUUAACAGCUACCCCUGCUACAGGUUGCACCGCGAUGCUCUGGUGUCACAGCCCACCAAGUACCUUCACCCUGAAGGUUUGCCUUCAGACUACACCGUUUCUAUGAUGCUCCGUUUGCUCCCUGAGACCCCGCAGGAACCCUUUGCUUUGUGGGAGAUCCUCAACAAAGGCAAUGAGCCGAUCGUGGGACUAAUCCUCGACAGCUCUGGGAAGACGCUGACAUUCUUCAACCACGACUACAGAGGAGACUUCCAGACUGUUACAUUUGAAGGACCAGACAUCAAGAAAAUCUUCCAUGGCAGCUUCCACAAGCUCCAUGUAACUGUCAGCAAGACAUCGGUGAAGGUGGUGUUAGACUGUUCUGCAGUGGGAGAGAAAUCCAUCAGGGCAGCUGGAAAUAUCACCACAGACGGAGUCGAAGUCCUUGGGAAAAUGGUUCGGUCCAGAGGCAGACGGGACAGCUCUUCUCCAUUUCAGUUGCAGAUGUUUGAUAUCAUCUGCAGCACGUCCUGGGCCAGCAGAGAUAAAUGCUGUGAGCUGCCAGCUUUGAGAGUGGAAGAGCAGUGUCCUCCUCUGCCUCAUGCCUGUACCUGUUCCCAAGAGAGCAAAGGACCUCCAGGACCUUCUGGACCCCCUGGUGGACCUGGCAUAAGGGGAGCCAGAGGAGACAGAGGGGAACCAGGAGUGACGGGACCACAGGGGCCUACAGGAGAAAUCGGUCCAUCUGGACCUCCAGGACCGCCUGGCCCUCAGGGACCCAGUGGACUCUCCAUUCAGGGACCCCCAGGUAUUCGGGGAGAAAAGGGAGAAAGAGGCGACGUUGGACCAGCAGGGCCAAUGGCAAGUUACGAUUCAUGA